AUGAGCAAGAAAGGCGGAGACGUCCCCGAGUACGUGUACGAGCCAUACCAAGGUGACGGGUACGCACCUCCUCCUCCGGCAGCGAACUCUAGUAGCGUGUAUAGGUACCAGACAGGUACGAAUGCUGUGCCGCCGCCGCCGCCUCCGACGCAGAACGGCGUCGCUUAUGCUUACAGUCCUGCGGGGGCGCCGCCGCCACCGCCACCCCCAAACUUUUCUUAUGCCUACAGCGAGGCCCUGCCGGACGGCACCUCCCGACACUAUUAUUACGCCCAGCGGACCUACUCGAACGCGCAUGGGCGGUAUCAGAACACGAACUUUGACCAGAACGACCAGCUUGCGCGGGGGUGUCUCUACGCCUGCUGCGAAGGUAUGGCGGCUGGUCUGUGUGCGGCGCUGACCUUCGAGUGUUGCCUCGGUUUGUGCGGUUUCUGGUAA